CCACGAUGUUACGUCAUUUCCUCAAACUUAAGAGAUACAACGGAUAUUUGAAAUCCAAUAAUAUAUUUGUUAUCAAAUAACCACCGAUAUGCCAAAGCCCGUUUGAUUCGCACGAAUCUACUCACGCUCUGGAUGGCUAUCCACCGACGAGAACUCCGCUCCUUCGGACGACGUGAAAGAAUAAAGCUCCCACUCGAAGAGGCCGAAGCUACCGCCCGCACAGCGCAUGCGUUGCCGCUGAAAUUGCAUGCGUUUUCCUCGCCAUUAAAACUUUGAACGAUUCUCGCAGAUUGUCCGCAAAAAAUCAUCGCAAAGAGGUACGAAUUACGCACGCAAGUGCUGGGGGGCUCUCGUCGCAGGAGAGCACGCUCGUCAGUCGUUGGAAAUUUUAGCGCAACGUCCAUAGGAAAAAAUUGCAAACCAAAAAUUUCGAGAGCGAUGUCGACGGGAGACUUUACGCUAUUUCGAAAUGAUAAUUAUAAGGCCGAUACUGAGUACGUGAUGAAGGUAGCCAAGACCCUAUUAACACCCGUCGGUAUCUGGCCGCUAUACCGAGGCAACUCCACGUCCGACAAGAUCAAGAAUUACGCCCAGACAGGCGCGAUAUUCGGCCUGAUGUGCUUUCUGCUCGUCCCGCACGUCAUAUACACCUUCUUCGACGCGGAGGACCUGACCAGAUACAUGAAGGUCAUAGCCGCCCAGGUGUUCAGCCUGCUCGCCAUUAUUAAAUUCUGGACGAUGAUCAUCAACAGGGAAGGGAUUAGAUACUGCCUGCAGCAAAUGGAAAUCCAAUACAGGGACGUGGAGUGCGAGGAGGACCGGUUGGUGAUGACGAAGUGCGCCAAGAUCGGCAGACUCUUCACGGUGACGUACUUGGGGCUAUCGUACGGCGGCGCGCUGCCUUAUCACAUAAUUAUGCCGCUGUUGGCUGACAGAAUCGUCAAGGAGGAUAAUACAACGCAGAUACCCCUGCCGUACCUCAGCGACUACAUUUUCUUCGUGGUGGAGGACUCGCCGCUCUAUGAGAUUAUCUUCGUCUCGCAGAUCCUGAUCAGCAGCAUCAUCCUCUCCACGAACUGCGGCGUUUACAGCUUAAUUGCCACCUGCGUGAUGCACAGUUGCUGUUUGUUCGAGGUCGUACGCAGGCAGAUGGAAACGGUCCUCGACGCCGGGACCGACAAUGUCCGUGAGCGACUUGGAAAAAUAAUCGAACAUCACAUGCAAGCAAUCAAAUUUUCAGAGAUGAUUGAGAAAUCAUUAAAUAUCGUCUUUUUAUGCGAGAUGGUUGGAUGUACUAUUAUUAUAUGCUUUCUAGAAUUCGGAGUCCUCAAGGAAUGGGAAGACGGAAAGAUUUUACCUAUGGGUACAUAUUUUGUUCUAAUGACGUCAAUAUUUGUAAACGUUUAUAUUAUAUCAGCUAUCGGCGAUCGCCUUAAAGAAGAGAGCGAGAAGAUAGGAGAAUCGUCGUAUUCUAUCGACUGGUACAAUUUACCGACAAAAAUUGUGAGAAAUUUAAUUCUAGUGAUGCUCAGAUCAAACCGCCCAUCAACUUUGACGGCCGCAAAAAUAUUCGAUCUCUCCCUUCAAGGAUUCUGCGAGGUUUGCAAAACGUCAGCGGCGUACUUUAAUUUCAUACGAGCAAUGACUGCAUAAGUUUUUAAGUAUUACCGCAUAAACUAUCGAAUGCUUAUAUAUAAGAAAUGCCACGCUGUUACCGUCACUGUGUGAGAUAUAUCUCGCGCAUUCUUCUUAUUUAAUGUCAGCGAAACACCUCUCUGUCGAACAAUAAAUCAUAUUACUAAUA